AUGGCUUCUCAUCUCCCCGCCACAACACUCUCCACGAAGCCAGAGUCGUCAGAAACCACCCCCUAUGACUCUUCGUCAUUGGUCGAAGUAGAGGCCCGGGAUCCCACGAACAUCGAAGAGAAGCCUAGUCCACCAGGGCAAACUACAAACUCUUUCGGGGAUACCAGCCCUCAAAGGCUGAAAGAAAGCGAGGAUGCGGAAAGAGGACAGCUUCCGGCACUCAACAACACCGUCUCCCGCGCCACAACCAUAUCAAAAAAGAGGGCAUAUACUUUCAUGAUCCUCAUUGUCCUCACCCAAGCAGUCCAAAUGUUUGCAUUUGGAGCAGGUAUCGUCGGUGCACUGACAGUCGGACACGCUAUAGGGGCAUCAGACCCGCAAUCUACCUGGAUCGCCGCAGCAUAUCCCCUCACCCAAGGCUCGUUCGUCCUCAUCAGUGGACGGCUUGGGACUGUCUUUGGCCAUAAAAGAAUAAUGUCCAUAGGGUCCUUCAUUUGGAUAUUCUGGACGCUGGCCACGGCUUACGGGACCAACAUUGUUGGCGUCAGCUUCAUGAGGGGGCUUGCGGGAAUAGGAGGCGGUCUCCUUGUUCCCAACGCUGUUGCGCUUUUGACAAUAACGUUUCCUCCCGGCAGACAGCGGAACUUGGCGCUCGCGCUGUUUGCCUCGAUGGGGCCUGUGGGCGGUGCUGGGGGCUGUGUGUUCAAUGGCUUCUUUCUCCAAUGGACAGAUUGGACUUGGCUGUUCUCUUUUCUGGCUGUUCUAGUAGCCGUCGUUUAUGGUGCAGCAAUCAUCGCCGUCCCGGAAGACGAACGCCUAGAUCCCGGGGGCAAAAUCGACUGGGUGGGGUCAUAUCUCGGCGUUGCUGGGCUGGUCCUGUUCAACUUCGUUUGGAACCAAGCUCCCAUAGUCGGCUGGAAGAACACAUACGAAUACAUACUCCUCAUCGUCGCUAUCGGCCACUUUGCCGUCUUCCUCAUCUGGGAAACGAAAUGGGCAGUUAGCCCAAUCAUCCCCUUCGACAUCUGGGCAGUACCAUCCUUUGGUGCCCUCAUUAUCGUGUUAUUCUUUGUCUUCAUGAGCUUGGGAAUAUACAUCUGGUACGUGACCGUCUUCCUGGCAAACCUGCGAAAUUGGGAUCCGGUCUUGUUAGGCUGUUCAUUCUUGCCAAUGGCGGUCAGCGGCACAGGGGCUGCUUUCUUCGCGGCCUGGGUUGUGCGCAGGCUACCAGCGGAGACGGUGGUGUGUAUCAGCGCUUUGGGCGCUGUGGUGAUGAACACUCUCCUUGCCACGAUGCCUAUUCAUCAGGUGUACUGGGCAAUGGUCAGCAUCGUGACGAGAAGGCAUCAGGGGACAGCGGGUUCUCUGAUCGGAACUUUGUUUACAUAUGGUCUGAGCACCGGCUUGGGGUUUGCCGGAACGGUUGAGAUCUACGUGAACAAGGAUGGAUCCGACCUGGUGGCUGGUUAUCGAGGGGCUGCUUACUUGGGCAUAGGGCUUGCUGCUGCUGCCAUUGUUUUGACUCUGCUGUUUUUGAGGAUGAAGAAGAAUACGGUCGAGGGCUGGCAGGGUGAAGACGCUGGUCACAGCGAACCGAGCAGCUGA